GUGGAAUUAUUCUCUUUUAUGUGCUCUUUUGUACAUCUCCACUUUCCAUGUGAUUCCAUGCAGGCAAUCCAUUUCUAUGCACUUGAUACACUGUAUUCUUGGCUCUUGGAGGGACAGAACGAGAGGGAAAGAGAGUUUUGGUUCCGAAAGGUUAACCUAUGAGGAUAAAGAGAGAUGGGAAUUUUCAUCAUUCACAACCAGAUUCGUUAGUCUACUCAUUUUCUUUGAUUAAUAAUUCGUCCCAGGUCCCUGCUUCCCUUAACAAGUUCCCCUAAUUAACACUCCUUCACCUCCUUCAUUUCUCUCUAAGAAUACCCUUUUUUUCUCCUCCUUAGCAUCAAGAUUCUCUGCUAGUUAGCAGCUUUGGGCAACAUUUAGUUUUAACCACAAUGGGAUUUGAUGAUCUUUGUAACACUGGCCUUGGUCUUGGUCUUGGUCUUGGUCUAGGUCUAGGCUGCCUUGUCAACCAAGAAAACUUUUCGCAGUCCCAACACCAACAAAAGAAGAAGAAAUUGUUCCUGAAACAUGAUCACAUCUUUCCGUCUCUUACAUUAGGUCCAUCUGUUGAUAUAUACCAAUCUGCUAAAAAGAUUGAUGCCAGAAAAGUACAUGGCGAGUCGAAUGAUUUGCACCAACAAGCCUCUUCUCUCAGUGCAGUAUCUUCAUUUUCUAACUCUAGUGUCAAGAAGGAGAAGGAUUUUGGUGGUGAAGAGGUAGAAUUGGAGAGAGUUUCUUCAAGGAUCAGUGAUGAAGAUGAAGAAGGCAGCCCCAGAAAGAAACUUAGGCUUACCAAAGAACAAUCUGCCAUUUUAGAAGACAGCUUCAAACAACACAGCACUCUCAAUCCUAAACAGAAGCAAGCUUUAGCAGAACAGCUCAAUCUAAGGCCACGGCAAGUGGAAGUAUGGUUCCAAAAUAGGAGAGCCAGGACAAAGCUGAAACAGACCGAAGUAGAUUGUGAGUUGCUGAAGAAAUGUUGUGAAACACUAACAGAAGAGAACAAGAGGCUGCAAAAGGAACUGCAAGAGCUUAAAUCAUUGAAACUGACAGCAUCCUAUUAUAUGCAGCUGCCUGCAGCCACCCUCACCAUGUGCCCUUCCUGUGAGAGGAUUGCCAAUGGCGGUGAAGACUCUUCGACGUCCAGCCCUUUUACAAUAGGACAAAAAUCUCACUUCUUGAAUCGCUUCACUCACUCAUCUACAGCCUGCUAGACAACUUGUUGAGGCCAUAGAACAGUUCUAGUUUUGUUCAAGGCUUUUGUGUCAAAUAUAAUAUAUAUUUCCUUUACAAAUUAAAUAUUUGUACAUACUUGGCAAAAAAAUGAGAAGAUUUUGUUCUUCUCAUCUGUUUGAAAAAUUAAUUAAUUACUAUCCUUAAUGAUUUUGAUUCAUUUAGUGAAGCUAGACUACAUUGUAAGAGGCAUUGAGAAAUGGAGAAUUAUUUCCUUUUCAACAGAUUAAUGGUGCUGUAAUUUAUUGGUUGGUAUUUUCUUAAAUGUUACACAUUCUGUGUCUUUUUUUCCUUCUGGACUGCUUUGCCAUAUGUAUAUAGUAUCUGUUGAAAUAUACCAUUGAUCCACCUUGCAAUUCCUUA